AUGACUGCAAAGACUGAAGUUCCAAGCUGGCCAGAAUACCCAGAGGAUUUCUCACUGCUGGAGCAACCCAGCUUGGCGCACAUCAACUCCAAGACUUGGAUAUCCUCACCUGUGAGUUCAAUCCGUGCGUUUCCCAGGAGGGACGCGCACGGAUCUGCAGACAAUGGCCUAUCACUGGAGAAGCGUGUGGCAGUGAGCAAGCGGCCUGACUGCAUGUCUGCCGGCAUCAUGCAGGCAGAGUCGGACAAAGCGGCGGACGGGGGCAAGGCGAGCCACUUUGGCCCUCAGAGACACCGGCGCGUCGCGGCGAAUGCACGGGAGAGGAGGAGGAUGCACGGCCUGAACAAAGCGUUUGACGAGCUGAGGAGCGUCAUCCCCUCCUUGGAAAACGAGAAAAAGUUAUCCAAAUAUGACACCCUCCAAAUGGCACAGAUUUACAUCACCGAACUGUCUGAGCUCCUGGCCGGCGUGGUGCACCCGGAGUGCAGGAGUCCCCGUCCAAGCGCGGCGGAGAAGGCUUCCAGGAGGAGUUUGAUCCACAACCUCCGGCCAUCGGGGACUGCUGCGGCGAAGAGCGACAUUUCCUCAUACUCAUGUGAGCCCUCUGCCUCCGUAGGCCACCUAAUCAUAUUAGCGACUCCAUCUGACAUGGGGGCAGUGAACAAGUCGGUGUCCUCUUCCAGCAGCAGUGACGGGGAGUCCUCACAUCACAGUGACAUGGAAGACGGUCAGCAUGGAAGACAGUGA